AUGGUUUCAGAGACUUGGUUUCGUAAUCUGUGGAGAUUUCCAAAGAAGCAUGACGGUCACAAAGAGAAGGCGGUGCUUGGAGUAUUAGCGUUCGAGGUUGCAAGUCUACUGUCGAAACUAGUGCACUUGUGGCAAUCCCUAAGUGAUAAGAACGUUGCGAGGCUUAGGGAGGAGAUCACACAUUCCACUGGUAUCAAGAAGCUAGUUUCAGAAGACGAUGAUUUCAUUGUAAGGCUAAUACGUGAUGAAAUGAUGGAGAACAUUGAGAAUGUAGCGAAGGCUGUGGCUAGGCUCGCUAGGAAAUGCAACGAUCCCAAGCUGAAGAGCUUUGAGAAUAGUUUCAGCGAUAUGAUGAAGACUGGGGCUGACCCAUUUGGGUGGCAGUUUGGGUGGAAGAAGAUGGAUAGGAAAGCCAAGAAAAUGGAACGUUUCAUCUCAUCAAACGCGAGUCUCUACCAGGAGACUGAGAUUUUGGCGGAUCUUGAACAGACUUUCAAGAGGAUGAUGAGCAAUGAAUCUGCAACCGACAAUCUAGUGGAGUAUAAGAAGAAAGUCACUUGGAAAAGGCAUGAGGUGAAGAAUCUGCGGGAUGUGUCUCUAUGGAACCGUACUUACGACUAUACAGUCCUUCUCUUGGUGAGAUCAGUUUUCACAAUCUUAAGUAGGACUAAACAUGUUUUUGGCAUUAGUUACAGAGUAGAGGCAAGUGAUGUUAGCUCUGCAGAUUCUGAUUUCAUUGGUCGCAGCCACUCGGUUUCUACAAUUUUGACGCCUUCGUCUCAUAAGUAUGAGUCUACCGGCCCUCCUAGAUUUGCUUCCGGUCCCCUUGGGAAGUAUACCAGUCCAGCGUCAGGUUCAGCUGGUCUAAGGUCCACGAAGAUGAGUGAUUUCCUCUCGGGCUCUCUCAGCUCCGAAUCCCCCAAGUCAGGUCCUCUUGUUGCAGAGAAGAACAAACGUUUCAAGUUUUACUCUGGCCCGCUCGGAAAGAUCACUUCCAAAUCAGGACCACUUCUCGGAAUGAGCAAACACAACAAGAAGAUGGUGCAGACCCCGGAAAGGCCUUCAGUUUCCUCAGCGAAGAAGCAAUCGAAACCCAACCGGUUAACACAGGUUGGCCCGUUUAAAGGCUGCUUGGUGUCUCACGACGGGAUUACUCCUCUCAGCACCAGGACCCGGAACGGAGCUAGGAAUAGUAGCGCUGAGCAUCAUCAUCAUAGUGUUGAAGGAAAUUCAAACUCUGUCCACGUUGAAAACUUGAUGCUUCCUUCCCGACCCAAGUUGUCAGAUGCUGCUCCUAAUACCCUUGGUGCCGCUUGCUUAGCAUUACACUACGCUAAUGUCAUCAUUGUGAUAGAGAGAUUUGUUGCGUCUCCUCACUUGAUAGGCGAUGAUGCAAGAGACGACCUUUACAACAUGUUACCUGCGAGCGUGAGAACGUCUCUGAGAGAAAGCCUAAAGCCGUACUCAAAAAGCUUGAGCUCUUCCACAGUUUAUGAUCCAGGACUCGCAAAAGACUGGACAGACGCUAUGGCGGGUAUCUUGGAAUGGUUGGGUCCAUUAGCUCACAACAUGAUAAAGUGGCAGUCCGAGAGGAGCUACGAGCACCAAAGCUUGGUUUCAAGGACGCACAUAGUUCUUGCACAAACCCUUUUCUUUGCAAACCAGCAGAAGACAGAAGCCAUCAUCACGGAGCUUCUAGUUGGGCUCAACUACGUCUGGAGAUUUGGCAGAGAACUAAACGCCAAGGCUCUUCAAGAGUGCACCAGUAGUCUAACCCUUGAGAAAUGCUUGGACACGGAUAACUAG